AAGUAAUUUUUGAGACGAUGUUAUUAACUUUGGCUUAAGUAAACACAAUUAUUUGUAAGAUUUGUCAUUUUAUUUGUUAUAAAAUAAUGAACUGAUGUGGUUUGUUUAUACUUAUAAUGACUACAAGUCAUCUUCUACUGUUCGCUAAUUUAAAUAUGUACGAAGUUUAUAUAAUGGGAUAACAAUGAAACAACAAUGUAGGCCUAUGUAUUUUUGUUCAUGAUUAUAAAUUUAACUUCAGCUUUUGAAACAUAGUAUUUUUCUCAAUAUAAUAAUUAUUUUUUAAGAAACAAAUGUUAACUCGAACAUUCAAAACAUAUUGUUGAACUUAUAGAUAAACAUAGACACAUGUCCAUAAAAUACUAAAUACAGCACAUUAUAGAUUAAAAAUUACGAUUUGUGGUGCGGUUAUAAAGUAUAGUUUGCUUUUAUACUUACACUGUAAAAAUAAUUAGUAUUAACAGUAGUCAGUUACUAGACUCAGAAUGGAAAUGCCAUGCCAUGCACUGCUUGAUCAUAAAGAGCUAUAGUUGGAUGCAUGAAAACCAGCCCAAGAAUACUGGGAAACAUGUGUUCAAUGGAGAAUACUUAGGACAGUCGAUGUUUGAAAACAUUUGACAUUUGUUAUAAAACUGUCAUUGGUGCUACCAUUUUUAAUACAAAGUGAAUGAUCCUUUAGCGGCCAUCUCAUACAUUUUUGAUAGAGUUAUUGAAAACUCAAAAUCCAACUAUUCUUGCGGACAGUAUCUGACAAUAGACGAGAUGCUGGUACCCUUCAGAGGAAAGUCAAAGUUUAGGGUUUAUAUGAAAUCUAAGCCAGCCAAGUAUGGGCUUAAGAUAUACGAGUAUGUCCUUGCUAAUUCGAGGACAUCGUACUGUUUGAAUGCAUCAGUUUAUUGCUGCCGACAAAUUCCAAAUCCUAGCAAUCUUCUCAAACCAACCCUUGAAAUAUUGUCACUGGUAGAGCCUCAAAAAUACUAAUAGAAACAUCACAGGAGACAACUAUUUCUCUUCAGUUGAGCUGAGUACACAGUUGAAAAAUAAAGGCAUAACCUAUUUCGGAACAAUGAGGUGUAAUAAACUUGAAAUACCUGAAAGCUUCUUACCCCACACAAACAGGCCUGUAAUGUCAACAAAAUUCGUUUUUACAAAUGAUAAGACUCUGGUUUCUUACGUUCCUAAGUACAAUAGAGCAGUAGUACUACUUUCUACGAUGCAUAAUGAAAAAAGCAUUCUCAAUGAACAUCAUGGCCAAUGGCGAUUUGGUAUGCAUUGAUGGACAUAGCAGGUGUCAACGCCCGCAUCAUAUACCAAUCAGUGGAACCGGAUUCUUGUGAGGCACGUCGACUUUUUCUUGUGGCUUUAGGGAAAAGCCUUAUUCACAACCAACUUGUUAGACGCUCACAAAUGACUAACAUUCCCCGGGAGUUAAAAGAAACAGUGCAACGAGUUUCUCGCUGUCACGUUGAAGGUUCGGCAAUCACGUAUCCAGCAGCAUCAACCUGCCAACGAAGACCAUCGUCCUCCGCUACCUAAAAGGCAAAGAUGUCACAUAUGCCCUAGAGUUGUGGACAAAAGGAUCCGACCUGUUGCUCGCAGUGUGGAAAGGGAGUGUGCAAAGCUCAUAGCAAACAGGAGAUUGUUUGCGAGUCCUGCGCCGAUUGAUUGAAUUUCAGGUACUAAACACUCAGUUUGAGAUCAACGGAAGAUUACAGCUACCGUAGUGAAUUUCAUCAAAGUCUCAGACCAGGUUAAGAAGUGCAAAAUGGAGUCUGUAAAUGUACUUAAAAAAGAAAACACAUUGAUGUACUAUCAAAACCCGUACAUGAAGGAGUUUGAAACCGCUUUGGUUGAUGUUUUUGAACAAAGCUUCCCAGUACCUGUUGGUCCUGGGACUACGAAAUCCGUAAAAUGUAUUGGCAUGGUAUUUGAGAAUACUAUUAUGUUUGCUGAAGGCGGCGGGCAGCCCGCCGACGUAGGAAGUCUGAGGAUCAUCAGAGAUACAGAACCUAUCCUAAAUAUUGAGGUAGAUGUGUUCCACGUGUUGCGUGGAGCCGACGGCAGGAACAUACAUCUGGUAACAGAGACAUGGGACUUCCCAUUAUUGGAGUUGCCCAAAGGCACAAAAGUUCUCCAAACUAUAUGUUGGGAACGAAGACAUAGACACAUGUUGUAUCAUUCAGGACAACAUCUGCUAAGUGCAGUAGCUGGUGAAACAUUUGGUUGGGCCACCCUGGGGUGGCAGUUGUCAGAUAAUGGCUGCUAUGUAGUCCUGAAUACUCCAGAUAUUUCCACUCAAGAAUUGAAGGCUUUGGAAAACAAAGCAAAUGAAUACAUAAAGGACAAUCUCAGUGUGACAACUUAUCUGUACAAUCAAGGGGAAACUGAUGCAAGGCUGGAGAAGGCGAGGACCAAAGGGUUACCAGACAACUAUGGAGAUUCCAUAAGGAUUGUUCAGAUCGGCGACCUUGAAAACAACAUGUGCUGUGGAACACAUGUGACAAGCCUGUCACAACUGGAAAUGAUCAAAUUGCUUCGAGUGGAAAAAGGAAAAAAAAACAAGAAGAAGGAGGAGGGGAAAGAGCAAAGCACUCUUCUACACUUCAUGGUUGGGCGGAAGGAAAUAUUUGAGAAAUUCCAUGACAUGUACUCGACAGAAAGCCAGCUUUCGUCAACAUUGGAGAGACAACCGUGUGACAUCCACGAUACAGUGUUAGAAAUGAAGGAGUCCCAGAAGAAGGCCAAGCAGAGAAUAAAGGCCUUAGAGGAAGAAAAUGUGAUGUCGCUCAUUGAGCUGUUUAAGGAGAAGAAACCAACGCAGGAAAUUUUCUCUUUACAUCGAAAAGAUGGUGAUGUGGACUUGCUCAACUUUACAGCAAGGCAGUUUACGAAUGAACUGAAAAACAAUUCAGUGACUCUUUUCCUCACCGUAGGAGAAGAUGAAGGAAAUCUGCUCCUAGCAGGAAAUGAGAAAUUUUUAGAGCAUGUGGGACCUUUGGUCUGUACGAUAAUGAGUGGCAGGGGCCAGCACAGAGCAGACAAGUACAGAGCAAGAGUACUAAUGAGUGGUAGGAAGAAUGCUUUUAAAGCGUUUUCUGAAGCUUUUGCCUCAUUCCAGUCAGCAGCUGACCAGUGAUCAGUCCCACAGUUCUACAUCACCUGGGGUGUGUGUGUGUUGGCGGUGUUCAAACCAAACUGUGUUAAUCUAAGCAGCUAAAUACCAGUACCUAAUAUUGGUAUUAUAAAACAUUUAUUUUAAACCUUUUUAUGCACCUUGGUAUUAGUUCCAAUAGUGGAAUUGCUAGUCUGAAGGCUCAAUUUAACCAGGGCCUGGGCUGAAUAAACAAGACUUGUAUUUUAAGAGACUGUGUCGACAGACGAUAGCUCGAGCUCAAUCUGAUUAAGUAGUAACUGUAAUCUUACUAUUAUGAACAAAAUAAUAAGAUGUUGUCAAUGGGAUAUUGGUGGUGAAUGGGGAGUGAAGGGGGUGGGGUAUUGAGACAUGA